AAUGUAGUCCGGAGCAGGAAGCAGCGGAACGAUUCGAUUCUUCUCAGUUCCACGUUGCGCUCUCAAUCUCAGAGCCGGGCUCGCGAGAGGCUGCUCCGGCAAAACCCGAGGCUGAGCCCCCUGCGCACAGGUGUGAGUCCUGAAACGCCGCGGUCGACUUCGCAGGACGCGCAAACAGGGAAACGGGUCCCGCCUGGGUGAGCCGCGGGGGCCUUUGGGAAGCGUCGCCCCUGGUCUAACGGACCGAGGCUUGUGGCGCUCUCAGGCACGGCCAGCGCCGUCCUCAGUGGCGCCUCGUCCCAGUCCGCGCCGGCUGUGCCACUUGGGCAGCGUUAGGUGUGGAGUCGGGGCCUGUGUCCGCGGGCUCUGUGAGUUCUUCGUACAUUAAGGAUUCAUUCAUUCAUAGACUCAUCACUUAUUGAAUGUUGUCUGUGUAACAGGCACAAUUGUAGGUGCUCAGGAUAUACCAGUGAACAAGAGACUAACCCCCUACCAUCAUGGUACUUACAUUUUUGUGGACCAGAUAAUAAACAAGCUCUACCUCUGCAGGCCCCAUCCCUUCCCAGAAAGAAGAGGAAAUGACUGAGUCCCAGGGAACAGUGACAUUCAAAGAUGUGGCUAUUGACUUCACCCAGGAGGAGUGGAAGCGAUUGGAUCCUGCUCAGAGAAACCUGUACCGGAACGUGAUGCUAGAAAACUAUAACAACUUAAUCACAGUGGGCUAUCCAUUCACCAAACCUGAUGUGAUUUUCAAAUUGGAGCAAGAAGAAGAACCAUGGGUGAUGGAGGAAGAAGUAUUAAGGAGACACUGGCAAGGAGAAAUAUGGGGAGUUGAUGAGCAUCAGAAAAGCCAGGACAGACUUUUGAGACAAGUUGAAGAAAAAUUCCAGAAAACACUGACUGAAGAAAAAGGCAAUGAAUGUCAUAAGAAAUUUGCAAAUGUAUUUCCUCUGAACUCUGAUUUUUUCCCUUCUAGACACAACCUCUAUGAGUAUAACUUAUUUGGGAAGUGUUUAGAACAUAAUUUUGACUGUCAUAAUAAUGUGAAAUGCCUUAUAAGAAAGGAACAUUGUGAAUAUAAUGAACCUGUGAAAUCAUAUGGUAAUAGCUCAUCCCAUUUUGUCAUUACCCCCUUUAAGUGUAAUCAUUGUGGAAAAGGCUUCAAUCAAACUUUGGACCUCAUCAGACAUCUGAGAAUUCAUACUGGAGAGAAGCCCUAUGAAUGUAGUAACUGUAGAAAAGCCUUUAGUCACAAGGAAAAACUUAUUAAACAUUAUAAAAUUCAUGGUAGGGAGCAGUCUUAUGAAUGUAAUGAAUGUGGUAAAGCUUUCAUUAAAAUGUCAAAUCUUAUUAGACAUCAAAGAAUUCAUACUGGAGAGAAACCCUAUGCAUGUAAGGAAUGUGAGAAAUCCUUCAGCCAGAAAUCAAAUCUCAUUGAUCAUGAAAAAAUUCAUACUGGAGAGAAACCUUAUGAAUGUAAUGAGUGUGGAAAAGCAUUCAGCCAGAAGCAAAGCCUCAUUGCACAUCAGAAAGUUCAUACUGGGGAGAAACCUUAUGCAUGUAAUGAAUGUGGUAAAGCCUUCCCUCGAAUUGCAUCCCUUGCUCUUCAUAUGAGAAGUCAUACAGGAGAAAAACCUUAUAAGUGUGAUAAAUGUGGUAAAGCCUUCUCUCAGUUUUCCAUGCUUAUUAUACAUGUUAGAAUUCAUACAGGUGAAAAACCCUACGAAUGUAAUGAGUGUGGAAAAGCCUUCUCCCAGAGCUCAGCCCUUACUGUACAUAUGAGAAGUCACACUGGUGAGAAACCCUAUGAAUGUAAGGAAUGCAGAAAAGCCUUCAGCCACAAGAAAAACUUCAUUACACACCAGAAAAUCCACACUAGAGAGAAACCUUAUGAGUGUAAUGAAUGUGGGAAAGCUUUUAUACAGAUGUCAAAUCUUGUUAGACACCAGAGAAUUCAUACUGGGGAAAAACCCUAUAUAUGUAAGGAAUGUGGGAAAGCCUUUAGCCAGAAAUCAAAUCUCAUUGCUCAUGAAAAAAUUCAUUCUGGAGAGAAACCCUAUGAAUGCAAUGAAUGUGGUAAAGCCUUCAGCCAAAAGCAAAACUUUAUUACACAUCAAAAAGUUCAUACUGGAGAGAAACCUUAUGAUUGCAAUGAAUGUGGUAAAGCCUUCUCUCAAAUUGCAUCCCUUACCCUCCAUUUGAGAAGUCACACAGGGGAAAAGCCUUAUGAAUGUGAUAAAUGCGGUAAAGCCUUCUCUCAGUGCUCACUGCUUAAUUUACAUAUGAGAAGUCACACAGGUGAGAAGCCCUAUGUAUGUAAUGAAUGUGGGAAAGCCUUCUCUCAAAGAACUUCCCUUAUUGUGCACAUGAGAGGUCAUACAGGUGAAAAACCCUAUGAAUGUAAUAAAUGUGGAAAAGCCUUCUCCCAAAGCUCAUCCCUUACUAUACAUAUACGAGGACACACAGGUGAGAAACCCUUUGACUGUAGUAAAUGUGGAAAAGCCUUCUCUCAAAUCUCAUCUCUUACACUUCAUAUGAGAAAACAUACAGGUGAGAAGCCCUAUCACUGUAUUGAGUGUGGCAAGGCUUUCAGCCAGAAGUCACACCUUGUUAGACACCAGAGAAUUCAUACUCAUUAGAACCCUAUGAAUAUGUGAACAUGGCAAAGCUUUCUGAAGGAAUUAACACCUCAUUGCAUAUUACAUGAUCAUUUCUAGAGUAGAAGCCUAUGAAUGUGGAAUAGCCUUCUGAAAAAGCCACAAAUUUAUGAAACAUUGGAGAAUUCUACCAAGGUGACAAAUUCUAUAAUGAAAAAGCUGAUUAUCAGAAACUUUCAGCAGACAUCUUAUUGAUCAUAUUUAAUCAGCAUUCUCAUUGAAAUCUGAAACAAGAUAUCUGCCAUCAGCAUAACAACACAAUACUUGAGCUCCUGGCCAAUGUAUAAAGUAAGGAAAACAAGAUUGGGAAAACCAAGAGUCAAUGAAGAACUAUAAAAGUAACUUUUGUACAAGAAAUAGUUAAUUAGAAAAUAUGUUGGUAGAAAAACCUAAGAAUCAACACAAAAAUGAAUUAUGAGGUAUUUAUAAAGUCACAAAACAUAUUGAAGGGCACAAAAGAACACCUGAAAAUGGCAUUUUGUCUGAAAAGACUUGACACUGUCAAAAUAUAAUUUCUCUCCCAAAUCUCUAAGUUUAAUAUACUUCCACUGAAAGUUUACAUCAGUUUUAAAGAACUUUACAAACUUAUCCAAAAAUUUUAUAUGGAAAAGUAAAUAAACACAAAUAGCUGAAACAAAUUUGACAAAGCAAAAUGGAGAAGACACGCUCUAAUAUUAGAUAUAUCACAUACUUAUUUAAAGCUGCUGUCAUUUAAACAGUGUGUUAGUGAAUAAAUCAAGCAGUAGUAAGAUAAUGAGGAUCGAUACAAAAAUCCAACCAGAUACAGGAAUUCUGUGUCUGACAGUGCUAUUGAAAUCACUGAGGAAUGAAUGGCUUAUUUAAUAAAUGGAAGGUUCAUAGGAGAAAAAUUUUAGCUUUCUACCUUACAUAUAAAAAUAAAAUCCAACUAAAGACCAGAAUAUAAAAAGCAAAAUUCUAAAACUAUGAUGAAAGUAGAAUGUAUUACUUUAGGGUAAAGGAUUUCUUUAAAAGCACAUAAACAUGGAAUAGUCCAUUGAAUUUUGGUGUACUGGCCUCACAGGCACCUACAAAUGUACACAAAGAGAUACAGAUCACCGUGUUCCUGAACCAUGGUUUGUACUGCCCACAAUUGGAUAUAACAAAUUUUUAUCAACUGUGGAACAGAUGAAUACAUUUGAUUAUUUCUGUGAUAAAAUACUAUACAGAAUUUAGAGAGAAACAAAAUCUACAUAUAGUUACAUGGAUAGAUUACAAUAUAUAAUAUUGAGAGAAAAAAUUAAAGUGCAUAACAGAACACAGUAUAACAUUUGUAUCAUUUAAUAACGUUGUGGAAAGAACAGUACUAUAUAUUGGUCAUGGAUCCAUAUACAACAUUGGUUGCCUUUUGGGACGUGGAAAAGGUUUGGUGGGAGUUGUUAUAUUUAUCUGUAAUAUUUCUUUAAUAAAAGAGUAAAAGCAAAUAUAACAGUGGU